AUGGCUGCCACUCCUCCAGUGCCCUCCAAGGCCGCUCUUAAUGCUCUCCGAGGCGUCCUUUUUACAACAUCGUGCUCAGUCGCUUUGCUCGCCGAGGAGCGCCGCCGUCGACUCAAAAUUGCUCGCUCGGCCAUUGAUAAUGCGCGGAAGCUGCACACCGUCAAAAGCAACAGGGGCGCUGUUGCGUUGAGCGAAAGCUGGGAAGACAGGCUGGCAGAUUAUGGCGACGAGGUCUUAUCGCUACCGUCUGCUUCGCGAUCCAAAAAUCCCUAUCGACGACGACGCCGGGGCAGCUCUGCCAACUCUCCCGUUCUUGAUGGAGAUGCCAGCAUCCACCGACACUCAUUUGAGCACCAUGGGCGUACUAGCAGGGUCGCGUCUAGCGACGGGGAGCAAAAAGCUACCCAAGAGACGCACAUAUCGAAUUUCGGACUGGAGGCGACCAAGUUUAUACUCCCAUUGACCGAUAUCCGGCCGUCGGAUAUCUCAUUCAAGCCUUUGAACGCUCCCCCGAUUUCUGCUCUACCACUUCGUUCUAAGGAGAUGGAUUCGCAAAGACUCGGAACGGAUUUAGAAACACGGGUUAAAGUCUCUCUACAUAGGGAUCAUGAGCCAAUCCCCAGGCACUCGAAAACACAAGAUGGCUCAUUUCCUAUACAUGAAUCUUUGCAGUUCGACUCUACGGCCCACGCCCGCUUAUCUCUGGCCAAUAUGUUAACGACAGGCAAAACUCCUAAAACCCAUCUCCAUCAAAUAACAAAGCUUGAGCAAAUGCUACAGAAUUUAGAGUCGCGCCAGUCCAGUCAUGCUUUGAUCUCUGAAUUGGUAGAUUCGGCUAUUGAUCAGCUACAAGCUUCAAUGGCAUCUCGACCGAUAGCUCCCAGGUGGAGUGCCCAUUUCAAAUCAGAUGGAUUACGACUGCUUAGAAUUACAAUCGAGCACGAUUCUACGAAAAUGACAACUGUGCUCACUACCCUGCUCCCAAUAUUCAAGGAUCCCAUCCAAGCUCUAUCACCUAUGGUUAAAUGGCUGUGGGAGAAGAAGGAUAAGAGAGGGCUGGAACAGCUUCUUGAAUUUCUUUCAGAGCACAAACAAAAACGAUUCUGGAUGCACGGUAUGACGAUUUAUCGACUGCUCUCUGGUCUGGACGAGGCUAUGGAAAGCUUUAAAGAUAUCAAGCAAAUCUAUCGCCUCCUACAGAGCGCCGGCUUGUACAAAGCAAUUACAGUAACCUCCAAUGUUGAGUAUAAAAUACGCCGAGUCAUGGUUUCGAAAGCUCUGAAAGCGGGAGAUGACGCCUUUGCCCAAGAGGAAAUGAAAUACCUCUAUACACUGGAUGCGGAUACGACAAAAGCAGAUAUCAAGCUCCAAAGUAGGCUGAUUGUGCGAGAGGCUGCUCUUGGGCGCUGGGAGUCAGUUCGUGACGGCAUAGAGGCGCUCGAGAGUGCUAACAGCACAAAGCCAAACGAUUUGCGAUACACAAUUAGUAAAAUCACUGAGGUUUUCGUGCAAACUUGCUCCUCAGAAGGCCUCGAGACCUUGCUCAGGAAAUUUGUGCGCAACUAUAACAUAACUUUAAAAUCCAGAUGGGUAAACCUUGUCUUGGACCGAUAUGCAAGCCGCCAUGACCUCGAUUCUAUGUUUUCAUGGCUUCAAUUUUGCUCCGAAGCCGGAUUUCAGAUGGAUGAUACGUUCAUACGCCGCUUCUACUCUGCAUGUCGCAAAUAUUGGAGCUUCUCUGACAAAACGAUAACAAGUUUGCAUCAAAAUCUCCAAGGGCUAGCACCAACACUUUCAGAUUUUCUGCCAAGUAAACUCGACGGGAAAAGAUCAAGUGAUGUGCCACCCGCUUCGUUGGAAUCACACAACUGGGUAUCUGAGGCGGAUGCUUUCGACUGCAUGGACUGGCUAUCAGCUCAGAACGAGUGGGAGCGCGUUUGCGAGGCGUACAAUCGCUUGCAACUGAGCGGGCUUCAUCCAUCAAUUCGCUGCCUUCGUUUGGCAGUCUUGGGGCACCUCAAGAAGCAAAGCGGGGGUGUCAAUGAGGCAGCGUCGCUCAUUGACGAAGCUCGUCGCCGAGGCUACGAUGUUACGGAAGCCCUGACCCCGCUGCUGCUGACGAGGCUUGAACAUGGCGAUGAUGUUGGAGAUGUGAUUAAGCAGGCUCUUCGUCAAGGGACUCGUAUACAUGACAGCGUAUAUAACAAAGCUGCGCAAAUACUGUCAGCAAAGGGCGACUUGAAAGGGGCCGUCACCAUAUGCGAGGUAGCGGCAAGGGAGAACGGCAAGGGAGAACUCUUGUACAGCGAGUACAACUUUUCCAACCUGGUUUUUGCAUACACAGGCUCUGCUAGUUACAAGGCUUUGAAAUCCAUCCUGGGCAAGUUUACUUCGGAAGUCCAGUGGUGGCGCGGCAGCCGGGCUUGCAAGGAGAGCAUCAAGCUGGCGAUGAAGACAACGGCGAUGCGGGCUGUAGUACAUCCCAUGGAGAAAAAUGACCAUCGCGAGGCGCUAUAUAAGCUCGACGAGGCCCUCAUCCAUGUCAAGAAGUGUCGUUCCACGAGAGACGAUCGGCGUGCCCUGACGGAGGCGUUUAUACGAGUAGCCCGACCUUUGGUAGCCGAGCCGGAGCAAAAUGUCCUGGAUGCACGCAGCCUGAGCGCAACUACUAUGGAAAUGUCUUCGCUAGAAUCAACGGGAGCAAAAUAUUUCCAGAAAUCGGUUCUGGUAAAUCGUCAGGGACUGGCAGCUGUGGGAGACGCAUGA